AUGCCUAAAAAUAAAAAUUUUAAUGAAAUUAUGGACGAAGUUUUUAGACUUCGAGAGGAAGUAUUUGCUUUGAGACUUGAGCAUAGCAAAUCUCAUUUAAGCUUUAGAGAUGUUGAAGAAUCACUGUCAAAGUUUUCUGGUGAUGAUGCUUAUCCAGUUAAUCGAUGGAUUGAAGAAAUUGAAGAAAUGGCUAGUGUACUACGUUGGUCCGAUCCUGAGAAGUUAAUUUAUGGUAAACGUUUAUUAAUGGGAACGGCUCAAUUAUAUAUUCAAUCGGAAAGAGGAAUUACUACUUGGACAAUUUUAAAAGAUAAACUGAAGAAUGAGUUUAAAAGUCGUAUGAACACAGCUGCUAUUCAUCGUUCACUAUCUGAGCGAUUUAAGAAAAUUGAUGAAUCGUAUCAGCAGUAUGUUUUCAAGAUGAAACAGAUUGCUCAGCUAGGCAAUAUUGAAGAAGAUUCUCUUAUUGAUUAUAUUAUAGCUGGUAUAAGAGACUUGGAAGUUAACAAGAUGAUACUGUAUGGCGCUACAUCCAUUGAUGAGCUAAAAUUGAAACUUGAACUGUAUGAGAAGAUGAAGUUAAACGUAAGGGCAAAUACAAAGUCAAACAUAAAUUUCAGCGAAAAAAAAUAUUUGAAUGAAUUGCCUAAUGCUUCAUUUAAAUCAUAUAAACAUGAAGGUCAAUCAGCAAACAUUAAUCGUUGCUACAACUGUGGUGCAAAGGGUCACCGUUCUAGUUCUUGUCCUGAUGCUAGUAAAGGAUUUAAGUGUUUUUUAUGCCAGGAAUUUGGUCAUAAAGCAUCAUCAUGUUCUUAUCGUCCAUCAACUAGUCAACCAAAUACUGAUAGAAGUCAAAGAGAUGAAAAUGUUAAAAUACAAGUGAAUCAAGUUAUUGAUGUCAUAUAUCCUAUUAAUCGUAUAAGUAAAUUAGUUGAUAUUCAAGGUGUGGAAACUAAUGCUUUAGUUGAUACUGGUAGUGAUGUGAAUCUCUGUCGAAGGUCAUUUAUGUUGAAGUUAGAUGAAAUCACAAUUCGUAAAGAUAAAACUUUACUAGGAGGACCAGGAGGAGUUAAGUUCUACACAGAAGGUGUAUUUACUUGCAAAUUAAGUGUUGAUGGAUCAUCAUAUACUACUGAUAUUUAUGUUGUUCCUGAUGAAGCCAUUACAUGUGACCUGUUAGUAGGAAAAGUUAUAUUUCAAACAAGUGCUGAACUGCACAUAAAUCCUAAGUGUGUGAGAAUAACUAAAUUUGAAGAAGAAGAAAAUCAAAUAAUGUCUAUUAAUAUACCUUGUAAUCAGCUCAACAUUGGUGCAUCAACUUAUAAAGAGGAAAUUAAUAAUAUAGUGAAAGAUUAUGAACCAAAUAAAGUAAAACAUGCACCGAUUGAAACAGUUAUUUUACUAAUGGAUGAAAAACCUGUAUAUCAAAGACCACGGCGCCUAUCUCCAGCGGAAACAUGUGAAGUUGACAAACAAAUAGAAGAAUGGUUACAAGAAGACAUUAUUAGACCUAGUUGUUCUGACUAUGCUAGUCCAAUAGUUUUGGUCAGGAAGAAAGAUAACUCUCUACGUCCCUGUGUAGAUUACAGGAUGUUAAAUAGGAAAAUAAUCAAAGAUAUACACUCUUUGCCAUUAAUAGAUGAUCAAAUAGAUAAAUUACAAGGAGCUUCAGUCUAUACAAAUGCUUUUGUGGAAGAGAGAGAUGAAUUACGUAAGGAAGCACAAGAACAAAUUUUUAAAGCUCAAGAAGAACAGCGUAAAACUUUUAAUAAAAAGAGAAAGGAAGCACAUAAGUAUCACCUAGAUGAUUUGGUUGCUAUUUUGAGGACACAAUUCAAGCCACUUUCCAAAAUUCAUAAAAAGUUUUUGGGCCCAUACCAAAUAACCAAACGUAGAGGACCAGACAGAUAUGAAAUGGUCAAAAUUGGUGAGUCUGAAGGUCCCAUUAGAACAUCAUCUGGUGUUGACUAUAUGAAGCCAUGGAGCCAAAUAGAUACAGAUGAUGAAGAAGAGAUGGAAAACUGUCAAUCAGUCGAGACGACUGAUCAAGAAGAGGGUCGAAAUGUGGGUACUAUUGGUAUCUAG